AUGGGGCAAGAUUCUACCGCUCCUUCCGACGCCGUGCCUUCGUCGAAACAACCUCCCCUCGAAAAGCCCGAAGCUGUGAGCCUGCGAACCAAGAUUGUGUUGUCUUUCUGGGCUGUGAUCAUACUGCUGGGACUUCCAGUAUGGUGGCAAACCACCUCAAUCUACCGAGCGAGCCUGCCGCUGCAGGACAUGCUUGACUGGGCAGAGGGACUUAAUACACCCACAGCGAUUCCAUUGCAUCUCUGGCUCUCUGCCCCGAAUCUCCCGUGUUCAGAUGCCCAGAAACUAGUGCAGGAUACCCAACGAGCCCUAGAUGAUCUGAACGAGUAUCCAACCCUCCACCAAAGACUUCACCUGGUGAACGUGGGCCCAGAUGGGCCAGGAACUGGCAGCAAGAGCGAGACAAGGGGCACACGCUGCGGUGAAGAUCCUGCAUCCCUUAGCCACGGGGCUCCCGCCUUGAAAAUUCUCCUUGAGCCUACUCAGGAUGGCUUCGCGUUCACUCUGGACCCUGUCACCGCGACUGCCCGUGCGAGUAUAGCUCCAGGUAUUGGAGUCAAUGUUGCCAAAACCCUCGCAGACAACCUCCAUGCACUGUUCAGAGAAGAACAAAUUGCGGCUGCGCUUCAGACUGUCUCUCUGUCCAGUAACAGUCAAAACGCACAGGCAUUUCUGAAAUCUCAACCCUACGAUGUUGUUACCAAAGUCGAGAAGCAAAUCAACCGAGCAUACAAAUCGUCUCCUGAAUUCCAUCUCACCUUCUCUCUCCUUACCGCCAGUGGCGCUCCAGCAAGUUGGGAGAUUGACGGAGCACUCCGGGAUCACAUCGAGCCUCUCGUACAAGCACUCUCGUCCAUUGCCGAUUUCGAGAUCACGACUCAGGUGCAAUUGUAUUCGACCCUACCUCCCACCAUACAACCCAUUCACCGAGAAGGACAAAACGGCUCUUUUCUCCAGCAAAACGAUCUGACGGCCUUUGUGAAUUCCGCAGAGUGGCCUUUGGCGCCCUCGAUCGGAGAUGGACCUACGCUCAACUUCAUCCUCUAUGUUCCAGCUAAGGAUCAGAUACCUCUCAGUAUCGAAGGGGUCGAUGGAAAUUCAUGGCUGAUUCCUCAAUGGGGCGGGAUACAAAUUCUCAACCCACCUCUGCUCCCGCACCCUGUCCACGUCAACAUGAUUCCCACUUAUCUCAAUCACGAGUUGUUGCGCCUACCGUUCAAGACGUUUGCCUCGCAAUUACUGUCACUGCUAGGAGUCUUGCAUCCGGAUGAUUCAGCCCAGUCCCGACCGCUGCAGCUGCAACUCGACGCCUACAAACGUCUGUCAGCUCUUACCCUGUACCUCCAUGCUGCGUCCAGUCUGGGGUCACUAGCUCGACUAGCUCAGCGACUCAGCAAUAUUCCGAUCCCGAGACACGUCGCUGAAUUGGUCGACGACUCGAUAGCCAAUCUCAAAGCGUGUUGCGACUUCUCGCUCGACGGCAGAUUUGACUUGGCUCUCACUCGUGCUAAAACGGCCUUCGAAGACAGCGAAAAGGCCUUUUUCGACAAAUCCAUGGUCGGCCAGGUCUACUUUCCUGACGAACACAAAAUCGCCGUCCUCCUUCCACUUUUGGGUCCCGUCGGAGUUCCGCUGAUUGUCGGCCUCUUGAGGGAAGCCAAACAAAUGCUCUCGAGGCGGCGAGCAGCAAAAGUGUAG